AUUGGGACUCAGAGUCGUAUUUAAUCUGAAUGCACGUUUGCCACGCCAUGAGUUUUUAGGUAUCACGCUUCCCACCGGUCUGCAACACUCUCACUCUCCCAGCUCUGCAGAGACGUCAGUGCCAGGAGACCGCCCACUUCUUCCUGUGGCCAGUCAUGAGAGGAAGAGGCAGCUAAGCGUGCAGAAGCACACCAAAAGUGUCAGGUAGACAACCUCCUCUCCUCUCUCCAGGAUUCCUCACAAACUGCUCUGCAAUGACCACAGCACGGUACCGGCCCACGUGGGACCUGGCCCUCGACCCACUGGUGUCGUGCAAGCUCUGUCUCGGAGAGUAUCCAGUGGAGCAGAUGACGACUAUAGCCCAGUGCCAAUGCAUCUUCUGUACUCUGUGCCUGAAACAGUAUGUUGAGCUCUUGAUCAAAGAAGGACUAGAAACUGCAAUUAGCUGUCCUGAUGCUGCCUGCCCUAACCAGGGCCACUUGCAGGAGAAUGAGAUUGAGUGCAUGGUUGCGGCUGACAUUAUGCAAAGAUAUAAAAAGCUACAAUUUGAAAGAGAGGUGCUCCUGGACCCCUGCCGGACGUGGUGCCCAGCGUCCACCUGCCAGGCCGUGUGCCGGCUCCAGGAACCGGGGCUGCCGGCCCCUCAGCUGGUCCAGUGCAAAGCUUGUGACAUGGAAUUCUGCUCUGCCUGCAAAGCCAGCUGGCACCCUGACCAGGGCUGCCAGGAUACCAUGCCAAUCACCUUCCUUCCAGGCGAAACCAGCUCGGCUUUUAAAAUGGAAGAGGCUGAUGCGCCCAUCAAGCGCUGCCCCAAGUGCAAAGUCCACAUCGAGCGUGAUGAAGGCUGUGCCCAGAUGAUGUGUAAGAACUGUAAACACGCCUUCUGCUGGUACUGUCUUGAAUCUCUGGAUGAUGAUUUCCUCCUGAUCCACUAUGAUAAAGGCCCCUGCCGGAACAAGCUGGGCCACUCCAGGGCCUCUGUCAUUUGGCACCGGACACAGGUUGUGGGCAUAUUUGCCGGAUUCGGGCUCCUGCUGCUGGUAGCCUCACCUUUCCUGCUCCUGGCCACUCCAUUUGUCCUUUGCUGUAAGUGCAAGUGCAGUAAAGGGGACGAUGACCCGCUGCCCACCUAGAGACAGGCGACAUGCCGGAGCGGGAUCCCUGCCUCGGGAAGCACGGCUCUCCCCCGCUCCGCAGUUCUCCUCUCACGAAGCAUCUCUUGCCUUAUGUGCCCCACCGAGCUCCACAGUGUCACGCUGGGUGCCGUGGUUUCAGGGACGGACAGCAGAACGCUUACCAAGGCCCCGCGUGCAGUCUGCUAGGCCCCUGGAGAGCCAGGCAGGCUGUGGGCAGGCACAUCCCCAGCCUGACAAGGAAGGGAGGCGCUCUGUGUUUUCUCCCCGUGGUGAUAGACUGGACAUGUCUCGUAGGAGCCUCCUUCUCGUGCAAAACAUGGCCCCAUCUCCUUACCGGCUUCAAGAUGGUCUCCUGCUCUUGAGAGAAGUCCUUUAAGGAUGGCAACUCACUUCAAACAGAAUCUGAUUAUUCCAACUUGGAAAAAGCACUCUGUUUAUGUCAACUGUUUUUAUCUAAUGGCGUUUAGCAAAAUCUUUCUAGAAGGCUUCCUCCCCGUGCUCCCUCCACCCCCAAUUGAGUAGUGAAAACCAACAAGGUGCAUAUAAACCAUCCUAUGCCUUUCUUGAAUUUUGCAUUUUAAAAAGUUAUACCCGGAUGACUUUUCUGGCUUGGAUACUUUUUAAGAGACUUAGAAAGCCGUAUGCACUCUUACUUUUCGUUUUCUUUCUUGAAACUUCUUGUAAUGACUUUGGAAAGCUGUAAGUUGUGUGUUGUGAUAAAUGUGAUUCCUGUGUAGUUGCAUAUCUUUGAAAACGCUGACAGGUGUGAAGGAACAUCACUGUCAUCGGUCUGGAAUUGCUUUUUGUCAUAGGGCUUGUAACUUCUCACCCAGGUACCAGCAACUUGAUUUUCGAGUCUUAAAAUCAGAUGUUUGACAUCAAAGCAGAUCCACUAUAGUUAGCAUGAUUUGGCCCUUGCCUCAGCCUCAUCUUGCAGCCGGUCAGAAGAGUGUAGCAUUAUUGAUCCUCAGAGACUGGGGACCGGAGGACUCUCAGGGGCUGGGGGAGCCUUCCUGAUUUUCACCAUCUUUUAUUUAAAUGAUUUUAUUAUUUGCAGAAGUUAUAUGUGUUAUAUAGUUCCAAGUUUCAUUGCUAUUAACACCCCACCCCCCACCCCCAAAAAAAAAGCCGUCCACUUAUGGUCAUCCUUUUCACUUGGGGAUUUGACCGCUUGGGCUCUUGCAGGGCGGGGCUGUGGGUGACUGUUCACAUGGCAUCAGAUUGCACGAGUCAAUAAGAAAACACCAAUUACUCCCCCUCACUUGACUUUGAAACAUGGAGAGAAUGUAGUCUUUAAAGAGAGUUGACUUCACAGUGACUUUUACAGUCACGUGUGCUUUGAAAGAGCUGAGCAUGGGACUUCUAAAAGCCACAGAAAGGCAAACAUUUUCAACUCAUUAUAGAGGACUUUAAAAACUUAUUAAAAAUCCCACUGGUGCAUCAACCAAGGGCAAAGCAUAGGUAUCUGCUCACUGCAAACACAUUGUAAAAUAAAUGUUAUUUUUGUUUUGUUUAUCUGGUUCAUUUCUGUACUUGUGUAGCUGCCUCGGGUCCUAUUGUACCUUCCACAUGUAGAAAUGUCUUCUUUCUUUGUUUCUUAAAAAUGUAAUGUCUUACUUCUUUGUUUCUUAAAAAUGUAGUAGGGUAGAAGAAACAGAAUCACCUCACACUGCAGCCAUUGUAUUUCUUUUCUUUAUGAAACUGAAGCUAUGUAGAAAACUAGUUAGUGUCAAAUCACUGCUCCUGUAGAACAUGUGUCUGAUCAUUACAAUGUAACCAUUCAUGAAGAGAACAUGCCUGAGACUACCUUUCUGGAGGAAGCCUGGGCUGCGAGUCUCUGUGCUUAGAGACAGUGAGACGGACCCCAUCUCUCGGCGGGAUGACCGCUCUGCAGAGGGUGAAGACGCAAGUGGCCCGUGGACACUUGGGCUGGAGGCCUCAGCCUGUGACGCUCAACUUCAGCUGUCCGACGCGUGUCCUGUCAGUGCCUGCUGAAGAUGGCGGCUCGUGGCCCUCUCUCUGGGGUGCAUAGGGCAGGCUUUCACCCCGUGCCAGCAUGCACUGCCUGUGGCAGCUUCUGCCCAUCGCACAGCCCACAGGACACCUCUCCUGUGUUGUGGGGGUCAGGGCUCUUCGAAAGGUUGUGCUCUUUGGGCUAGAGUUCAAACCCCCUUCUUCCCAGAGGGAUGGGUGGGCCUUCUGGAUUGGAAGCGUCUCUGGCUCCAUCGGACAUGUGUAGAGCCCCCACCAUCAUUGUGCCUUCACCUCCUGUGUUUCAAGUGUGCAGUUUGACCUCGAUAGGGACCACUGGGACCACAGAGAUCACAAGGCCAAGGGCCAGAAGUCCCUCUUAGCAAUCAAAAUAGCAAAACAGCACCUAUUUGCUCAGAGUUUUUGCAUUGAGCAUGCCUCAGUUUGACUUAGUGAUAAUACAACUAAAAUCAUAGCUUCAUGGAUAGUCACCAGCAAGACCACGAUGAUGUACUUAAGUACGCUUGCAUUAUCCCUCAUGAGAUUUAUUUUAGAAAGGAAUGCCACACCCGUUUCUCAUGGUGGUAUGAUACUAACCAUGCAUGGUGUAAAUAAAACACAGGAAGAUGACCCUCAAUGUGACUUCUGACCUUGCUAUCACUCCCAAGUAAAACAUGGGGAGUUUGAGAUUAAACAAAUGGACUUAACUACAAGAGCAUCUCAAUUGAAAAAGGACUUUCGUAGAGGGUUCUCACGUUGAUGCUCUGGCAGUGUGCUUAGGAAGGCCUUUGAAUUGAAGGCUAGAGAAGACCCUGGCUAUUGGCCAUGGCUAUCAAUCUAUACUGCACUCUAGGUGGGUAAUGGAAGCACCUUCGACAGUAGGCCACAUCAUGACUUUUUACGGGAGUUGACAGGUUCCCCAAUCAGCCAAGCUUUCCAAUCCCCACCCAAGGCUCUGGCUUUCACAGGAGGCAGUGUAAAACUGUAGAUCCCAGUGACUGACUUCAGAGGUGUGCAUAAAUAAAGCCGUUGACUUGGUGAAUUGCUCUCCAAACCAAUUCUCGCUCCACGUGUAGGGGUAGCGUUGGGCCAGGGAGCCAACCUCGACCACGGUGGGGACUUUGGACAGUGAAACGAAUCUCUGUAUUGCCAAUCAUUCCACAAAGCUGAUUGAUCACCAUGGUCCACUUCUGAGGGAACACAGGGUGCCCGAGGAAAGAGAUUUUCAGAUAUAUAAUAGUUACUUACAGGGGAAUUGACCUUUUUCAUUUAUAUUACAAAAAUGGAAAGUCACUUAAAUUAUAGAUGACUACAUAUUUCCCUGGUAAUCUUCCAAAAUUAAGAGUUUGGAAAGAACUAGGGUGGACUCUUUGUACAUUUUCCAGAUUCUCAUUUAUCAAUAAAUAUGUCUGUAUGUAUAUAUGUGUACACACACACACAUACAUAUAUAUAUAUAUAUAUAUAUAAAUCACAGUGAAGUCAUCAGGGGGAAACAUUUUGCAUGUGUACAGCUUCAUGAAGGUCUCUAAAAAAUAUACCAAAGCUUAUUAUUUUUUCUAAUUAAUUCAAACCCCUGUGAAGAUAAACAAAAUGAGGAGAUCACGACUGGUAUUGCCCGAAGUGCCAGUCAGAUCGAAGCGUCCUGGGUGACAAUAUAAUUGCAAAUGCCUCACAAGCAGAAGAGCAUGCUGUUUUGGUAUUGAAAUCCCAUGGCCUGCCCUCCCCUUCUGAUUUCUGUAAUCCUGUCUUCCAUGAUUCCAGGGGCCUUCACUUAGUUUAGGGGUAGGUACAUGCUAUAUGCCCGAAGCUUUCUUUUAUACUUCACUCACUUUACCAUGGGUGUAUUUUAAUCCUGUAUAAGCAUACGCGCAUGAAUGAGUCAUGCACAUGUAUACACACGUAUUUGACAAGUGGUGGUAAACAAAACAAAACAAAUUUCGUCUGUGUUUUUGAAAUGUCAGUACAUUUUGUGCCACUAACACUGUGAUGUAUAAAGGAGCUGUUUGAAUGCCUUUUCACGUGUUUUGUACUUUGGAAUCAUAUGGAAAAGUUUAAUUUGUAAUUCCAAUACAUAUUUUAAAUCUA